GGAAAUUGGCUCAAGUUAUGACUUAGAUAUUGCUUUUGAGAACCAAAAGUUUGUGCGCUGAGAACUUUGCAAAUAGCAAGAGAGAAACAAAUUUCUGACCUUUAGAUGUGAUGAGGAAAUCUGUCUUGGUUCUCAUUAUCUGACAACUAUAUCUUAGAAGAAAGCCUGUGGAAAAAAGAGUAAUCAGAAAUGGAGAGAAAAGUAAGCAAAAUCUGUCUUGCCUCUGAAGCCAAUAUCAUUCAUUUUCUGCAAGUGUCUUGGGAGAAAACACUAGGAUCUGGUUUUGUUCUUACACUUACUGAUGGUCAGUCAGCAUGGACUGGGACAGUUUCUGAAUUGGCGAUUUCCCAAGAAGCUGAUGACAUGGCAAUGGAAAGAGAAAAAUAUGUGGAUGAACUGAAAAAGGCAUUGAUGUCAGAAGCAGGACCAGUGAAUACAUACAAGUUUGAUUUUUCUAAAGAAUCUUAUCAUUUCUCUUUUGAGAAAAACCUGAAAGACGUUUCAUUCAGACUUGGAUCCUUUAAUCUAGAGAAAGUUGCAAGCCCAGCUGAGGUCAUUAGAGAACUUAUCUGUUACUGCCUGGACACCAUUGCUGAAAACCAAGCCAAAAAUGAGCACCUGCAGAAAGAAAAUGAAAGGCUUCUGAGAGAUUGGAAUGAUGUUCAAGGACGAUUUGAAAAAUGUGUGAGUGCCAAGGAAGCCUUGGAGUCUGAUCUCUAUGAACGGUUUGUUCUGGUGUUGAAUGAGAAGAAAACAAAGAUCAGAAACUUACAGAAUUUGUUAAAAGAAGUUCAAGAAUUGGAAAAGAAUGGUGAACAUGAAAGGGAAACUACUACUGGUUCUGAAAUAACUGCUGACCAUGAUGCAAUUUAUAAUGAAAGUACUGAUGAGGAAAGUGAACACAUGUCUGAUCCCUCUGCAUUGGCUCCAGCCACUUUAAGUAAAGAUGACUCCAUUAUUUCAAGUCCUGAUGUCACUGAUAUUGCACCUAGUAGAAAGAGGCGGCAGCGAAUGCAAAAGAAUCUUGGGACUGAACCUAAAAUGACUCCUCAGGAGCAUCCACUUCAAGAGAAGGAAAACUCACUCUUCCAAGGACCAGUUGGCAGUGAUCAUGGCAAUGAACAAGCCUUUUAUCCUUGGACUAAAGAAAACAUGGACAUAUAGACAGAGACGCGAUUCUUCACUACCUGAGACAUUGGAAAAGGAGCACAUCUCAGCUGAAAACAUGUCUUUAGAAACACUAAGGAACAGCAGUCCAGAAGACCUCUUUGAUGAGAUUUAGCAGUUCCAAGAAAGUACGUUGAUGUUUGACUAUGUUUUCUAUUCAUUUCUUUAAAGUGAAAAGGCAAAAUUUCAAUCCAGUAGCAACUGUUACUGCAACUUAUAACUUAAUUAUAUAUACAUCUAGUUGAAGCUCUUGUGCAAGUGGAUUGCACAUGUAUAUGAAGAUGUGAUCUGAUAACAGUGGUACAUUAUUCUAAACUAUUCAUUCACCAUGACUAUAAUUAUAUGAAAUAUGAGACUUUCCUUGCAAAGGGGGAGUUUAUUAUUAUUCCUUUACACACAUUAUACUCUGUAACCAUCCUGUUUAGGAAGAUUUUGGAUACAGGACAAAGAAAACAUCUUUCAAAAUGUCUACAACUCUUUUUGAAUAUUCGUAUUCUGAACAAUAUGUUUGAGCAUCUCAGUCUGUGGUAUGCUACAUAAAUUAUAUUUUUUAGUUUGUAUGUUAAUAGUCUGAAAACCUGAUAAUGGAAUCUUUGAUACAUUGAAAAAUUUGCGUUCUUAAUAAAAUGUUAUUUAGCUCAACUUUUCCCUUUAUUAUAGUAACAUAUCUUUAAAAAGUGCUUACUAAGGUAAAUGCAAACCUCUUCUGUGUCAAAAUAAAAAAGCAUAUUUUUCAAGGAUGGUUGAUUUUGUCUUACAUGCAUGAGGACCUUGAAGAUUCAGAUUUUUUCCUAUCACCAUUAAUACCUGUACUAUUUUUGUUGUAUUUACUGAUUCAACUCCCUAACCUCUCAUUAUAUCUUCACUUCUCUCCUAUUGAACAUGCAUUGUGUGCAGACUACUCAAAGUUAAUAUUUGCAGUGAACAAUGACCACAGUGUUGACAACUCCAAUGGUUGAUUCAUUCUCAGUCCUCAGCACAUUUCAAAUAAUUAGUCACUUCUCCUCGGGAAAUAUUUCUUCCACUUGACUUUUGCAGUAGCAUAUAUCUUUGUAGUCUUCCUUCUUUCUGGUCACUCUUUUUUUUAGCUGAUCCCUUCUCCUUUGUCAAACAGUUAAAUGUUUAAUUGCCUUGGGCUCAGGUUCUAGCCCUCUUCUCAUUCCCACACAUCACCCUAGGUCACCUUAGAUUGUGGUUUAGAUAUCUUCUAUGUGCUUUUAUCACCAAAGUCAGUAUAGUCCUCUCUAUAUUCAGAUUUAUAGUCAAAUAUACACAUAUGCAUAUAUAUAUAAUUUGUUAUUAAUUUUUUACAAAACGAUUUCCUAAAAAUUCUGAAAAUUAUUUCUUUGUAUCAAUUCUUGAUGCAUCUUGGCAUGAUUUACAGAUAUGGAUAAAUACAUUUCCCUUCUUAUACCUUUCUUUGGAUGUUUUAGCACACCCAAAGCAAAGAUAUGAUUAUAUCCCAACUGUCAUUUCUUUUCCAGUCUUCCUCAUCUAGGAAAUUUCACUACCAUUUACCCACUUGCUAAAACCCUGGAAUUCUCCUUGGUGCUUUUAUCUAACUCUGCUCCACGACAACUGUGGCAUAACUGGUCUCCCUGCUUAGUCUCCUACUUCUCUACAGUCCAACCAAACCGAAUUUUAAAAUCUUAGACAAAAGUAAUUUCAUGCCUGAGUAAAGACCCAUUGUCCUUUGAAUCAAGUACACAUUAUAUCAUGGCCUACAGGUUUUUUACCAUCCUACUUCCCCAGCCUGAUUUUCUGCCUCUAUCUCUUUACUCACCUGCCCCUUACUCUCCCCUUGAGUAGGCUAGGUCUCAGAACUGCUAUACUGAUGGUUGGUUUAUUUUCUUUCAAUUCAAGAAGCAGAUGUCUCCUCAGGGGUGCUUUCUCCUUGAUAUCCUUUUUAAAGUUGUAUACACAACCCCCAGACACUUUCUGUCCCACUGGGAUGUUUUCUUCACUGUGCAUGUCAUACUCUGUAAUUAUUUUUUCGUGUACCACUCUUUCCUUCUACCCAUCCCCCAUCUGUCUUUCUUGUGGAAAGUUAACCCAAUCAUACUAGAGAGAGUAGCCAUCUGAGUUAUUUCUGUGUCCCCAGUUCCAAUAUCAGGACUGGCUUCAUAGAAGCUUAGUAUUUCUUGAACAAAUAAAUGCAUGUUCAUCACAUAGUAGGUCCUUAAGUAUUUUUUUUAAUUAAAUAGAAAACUGUUUUAGUCAACUUUUUUUGCCACCAUUCCUAAAAGAUUCCAACCAGAACAA